AGAGAGUGUGAAAGAGACGACAGAACGUUUGCUCAAGCGGUUCAAACUCAAGUCUCAGAGCCGAGGACUAUACACACGAAAGAAGAAGGAGGGUGCCACCCGUCAUCUGUCGCGGAUUCAGGUGUGUGUGCGUGGACCCGCUCCGGGAUUUGUACUCGCAUACCAUGAUGAUGCUCACUGGUUCGGUAAACGAGGAUGUAAAUGUGACGGAGAGCCAGGGUCUUUGCUCCACUGCCAUAAGCAGCAGAUAGAUAGUAUGUCUUCCCCACCACGACUGCUGGCACAGCUCCCGCGAUCUGGCACAUGGUGCGCGUAAAGAUGGAUUUCCCCGCGCUCCUGUUUUUUUUUCCCGCGCUCCUGUUUUUUCCCGCGCUGUUACUCCAGCAUGCAGCUGAGGCGAUCGGCCACAGCGGAAUCUACGAGCGGUCGGUGGUGCCGCGCGCCGCGCCCCGCUCCGUGGCCCGCAUGGACGGCGACGUGAUCAUCGGCGCGCUGUUCUCCGUGCACCACCAGCCGUCCGCCGAGAAGGUGGCUGAGCGGAAGUGCGGGGAGGUGCGAGAGCAGUACGGCAUCCAGAGGGUCGAGGCCAUGUUCCACGCGCUGGACCGCAUCAACGCGGACCCCACGCUGCUGCCCAACAUUAGUUUGGGCUGCGAGAUCAGGGACUCGUGCUGGCACUCCUCAGUGGCUCUUGAGCAGAGCAUCGAGUUCAUACGGGACUCCCUCAUCUCCAUCCGGGACGACAAGGACGGGUCCAAGUGGUGCAUCGACGGCACCCCGUCCAACCAGCCUCCCCCAUCCAAGAAGCCCAUCGCCGGGGUGAUCGGCCCGGGCUCCAGCUCCGUGGCCAUCCAGGUGCAGAAUCUUCUCCAGCUGUUCAACAUUCCCCAGAUCGCCUACUCGGCGACGAGCAUCGAUCUGAGUGACAAGACUUUGUUCAAGUACUUCCUGAGGGUGGUGCCCUCUGACACGCUGCAGGCCCGGGCCAUGCUGGACAUCGUCAAGCGGUACAACUGGACCUAUGUGUCGGCGGUUCACACCGAGGGUAACUACGGGGAGAGCGGCAUGGAGGCCUUCAAGGAGCUGGCGUCCCUGGAGGGUCUGUGCAUCGCCCACUCGGAUAAGAUCUACAGCAACGCCGGCGAGAAGCACUUCGACCGGCUGCUGCGCAAGCUGCGGGAGCGGCUGCCCAAGGCCCGCGUGGUCAUCUGCUUCUGCGAGGGCAUGACGGUGCGAGGCCUCCUCAUGGCCAUGCGCCGGCUGGGCGUGCACGGGGAGUUCCUGCUCAUCGGCAGCGAUGGCUGGGCCGACCGUGACGAGGUGGUGGAGGGCUAUGAGCAGGAGGCGGAGGGGGGCAUCACCAUGAAGCUGCAGUCGGCGGAGGUCACGUCUUUCGACGACUACUUCCUGAAGCUGCGUCUGGACACCAACACCAGGAACCCCUGGUUCGCCGAGUUCUGGCAGUACCGCUUCCAGUGCCGCCUGCCGGGCCACGCACAGGAGAACAAGAACUACAAGAAAGUCUGCCUGGGAAACGAGAGCCUGCACGAGAACUACGUGCAGGACAGCAAGAUGGGCUUCGUCAUCAACGCCAUCUACGCCAUGGCCCACGGCCUCCACGACCUACACACGGAGCUGUGUCCCGGGCAGCCAGGGCUCUGCGAGGCCAUGGACCCCAUCGACGGGAGCAAGCUGCUGGACAGCCUGCUCAAGACCUCCUUCAGGGGCGUCUCCGGGGAGGAGGUCUACUUUGACGAGAACGGCGACACGCCCGGAAGGUAUGACAUCAUGAACCUCCAGAACAUGGGCGAGGACGGCUACGACUACCUGCGCGUGGGGUACUGGCACGAGGGCCUGCUGAGCAUGGACGACAGCAAGCUGCUGAUGAACAGCAGCGAGAUGGUGCGCUCCGUCUGCAGCGAGCCCUGCGAGAGGGGGCAGAUCAAGGUGAUCAGGAAGGGGGAGGUGAGCUGCUGCUGGAUCUGCACCACCUGUAAGGACAACGAGUUUGUGCAGGACGAGUUCACCUGCAAGGCCUGCGAUCUGGGCUGGUGGCCCGACGAGGAGCUGGAAGUCUGUGAGCCCCUGCCUCUGAAGGUCCUGGACUGGUCGGACAUCGAGUCCAUGGUGGCGGUGGCGUUCUCCUGCGUGGGCAUCCUCAUCACCUCCUUCGUCACCUUCAUCUUCAUCCAGUACCGCGACACGCCGGUGGUCAAGUCCUCCAGCCGGGAGCUCUGCUACAUCAUCCUGGCCGGCAUCUUCAUGGGCUACAUCUGCCCCUUCACCCUGAUCGCCCGGCCCACCGUGGCCUCCUGCUACAUGCAGAGGCUUCUGGUCGGCCUGUCCUCCUCCAUGUGCUACUCGGCGCUGGUCACCAAGACCAACCGCAUCGCCCGCAUCCUGGCGGGCAGCAAGAAGAAGAUCUGCACGCGCAAGCCCCGCUUCAUGAGCGCCUGGGCCCAGGUGGUGAUCGCCUCGGUGCUGAUCAGCGUGCAGCUCAGCCUGGAGAUCGCCCUCAUCAUCCUGGAGCCGCCCAUGCCCGUCAAGUCCUACCCCAGCAUCAGCGAGGUGUUCCUCAUCUGCAACACCAGCACGGUGGGCAUGGUGGCGCCGCUGGGCUACAACGGCCUGCUGAUCAUGAGCUGCACCUACUACGCCUUCAAGACGCGCAACGUGCCGGCCAACUUCAACGAGGCCAAGUACAUCGCCUUCACCAUGUACACCACCUGCAUCAUCUGGCUGGCCUUCGUGCCAAUCUACUUCGGCUCCAACUACAAGAUCAUCACCACGUCCUUCUCCGUCAGCCUGAGCGUCACCGUGGCGCUGGGCUGCAUGUUCACGCCCAAGAUGUACAUCAUCAUCGCCAAGCCCGAGCGCAACGUGCGCAGCGCCUUCACCACGUCGGACGUGGUGCGCAUGCACGUGGGCGACGGCAAGACGGCCGCGCCCUGCGGCGGCAGCAGCCUGCUCAACAUGUUCCGCCGCAAGAAGCCCGCGCCCGCCAAUGCAAAUUCUAAUGGCAAGUCUGUGUCAUGGUCUGAAUCAGGUCCAAGACACCCUCCGAGGGGGGGGAAUGUGUGGCACAGACUGUCUGUGCAUGUGAGGAAACAGGAAGCCGGCACCAAUCAGAUGGCGGUCAUCAGGCCCCUAACUAACACCCCCGACCCCCACAGCUGUGAGCCCCCAACCCCCCGCGACCUUGGCACAGACCCCCGCCUCCCCACAGAGCCCCCCGUCACCAAGGCCCUGUACAACGUGGCCGAGGAGGACGACGACGACGAAGAGGAGGAGGAGGAGGAGGGCGACUCGCAGCGCCCCCUCUGGACCCCCGCCUGCCCACAGCCCCCGACACGGCCCGGGUCGGGCCCCCAACCAGACACGCCCCUUUUGCCCCCUCCCUUACCGAGCCGCACCGUCCUCGCCGCUGAGCACUUUCAACGGGCGGAGGUGGAAACGCAUCGCUCCAGUGUCCCCCUCCCCCACCCCCACCCCCACCCCCGCCCCGCGCCGACGGACACGGCCCCCCCGCCUCAGAUUCUGGCCCCCUCUCGCCUUCCGGCGGCCCUCCAAGCAGGGCUGUUCGGAGAGGAGGGGCCCGAGACGGACGAACUGGACCUCUUGCACAGCUACAUGCAUGACUCUAAGGACGAGGAAGAGGCGGAGGAGGACGAGGAGAGCUUGUCCAAGAGCAAGCUGACGCUGGAGGACUCCCUGGCUCUGUCGCCCCCCUCCCCCUUCAGGGACUCUGUGUGUUCAGAGGGCUCCGUGUCCCCGGCCGUGGACUCUUACCUGGGGACGUCCCCGGGCGCGGCCUACAGCGCCGCCAUACUGCGGGACUUCACACAGAGCUCCUCCACGCUGUGAGGGGUGGGGGAGCGGGGGGGCAGGCGACCUGUGGGGAUCCUCCUUCACUCUCUCCACCGACAUGCUUUAGACCCACCGGGGCUGACACGCAGAUCCUACAUGUGCACCGAGAAGCAAACACACACACACACACACACACACAUACACACAUCCACACGCUCAAAACAUGCAUGCCACUGCACACGCCCACCCUGACAUGCCCCCCACACACAAAUGCACACACAAUGCACAAACACGACAAACAUGACAAACAUGAACAUGACAGUAACACUUAAACCACAUAGGAUUCACAGCAUAGCACAGAACUAUAUCCCCCUGCACUUAAAUCAAGUUUUUCUCCAAUUUUGUUUCCUCUGAUUUUUGCUCUCUCAUUUGCUUGCUUCAAUGUUUUUCUUUUUCUUUUAUUAUUUUGUCUCAAUAGGAAAUAUAAAUACCUGGUACGGUUCAGGAACGCUGAACAACGCCAGAGCAGUACGCUGCUUCCGAAGGGCUGUGAGUCCACGUAGACUCGCUGGAAACACUGCAACUGGGAACAGUGCCAAAACUAGCUAGCUUGUGUGCCAAAAUGUGACAGGAUUAUAAAGCAGAUCUCAGAAUCACAACGAAGGAUGUAGCUGUCGUCUAGUUGAUGUGCAAUUAAAAAAAGCCUGAAUUAAAAGCAAAAUAAUGAUAAGUGUAGGAACAGGGAAGGCUACGUUUGGGUGGUCUGUGUGCGAACGCUGCACGUUAAGAUACAGACAAAAGCCAACUCCAAAGACAUCGCUACGCUAAGUGCAUAUCAUGACACCAUUAUCUAGCACUGUUUUCUUUUGCGACACUGUCUACGUGCAGUAGAGACAGGCUUGUGUGUGUGACAGGGAAAGAUGGAUUUUCUCUCGUUGAUAAGAAUACGCCUCUGCUUCUUUCUCUUCUUCUGACCUCAUUGACAUUUUUUUUAGAAACAAAGCCGUACUAAAUCACCGCACUGCUAUGGAUAAGUACGAUGCUGAAUGGUAAGAGGGUGAGAAAGGAGUGUGUGCUCGAUAUUAGAAACAGAAUAUAUGACUGAGAUGGAAUUCUUCUUCUCUUUUAAAAACCUGCGCUGUGUGAAACAUGACCUGAUAUGGAUUCGAUGUGCCAAUCAAAGCUGUAAUCUGUCGACUUUACCCUGCGUUCACUUUUUAAAUAUGUAGCUGAUAAAAGGUCUGCUUGAUUGUAGAUGAUGGUAAUGUUGUUUACUAGGUUUACACACAAUCAUACCUGAGCCGACUUUUCUAAGCAUGGGGAUGUGACAAAGAGCUAUACCAUGCAGUGUUUAUGAUAUUUCUUAUGUUUUUUGCGGUUUGCUGUGCCAUUGUAAUGGGGAAGAACACAGUACUUGUAUAAGUUCUCAAAGUUUGUAAUACUGUUGAGCCAUCUCUUGUUUUUCACACGAGUGGUAUGUUUGUACUAUCGGUAAAUGUUUAUACAUUUAGAAUGUGCAGAGAAAAAAAACAACAAAACUUUAUACAUUUUGAAAUUGUCUUACAGAUGCUUGUCAAGGAACAGUGUAUUGGCAUUGGGGUAUUUUAAGCUAACUGUAUGAGUCGGAUGUAUUCUCUUGAAAAUAAUCAGUUGUCAAAGUAACCGAAUGUUACUUACUAUAAUGAGAUUACGUGUUUUCAAUUUUGCUUAAAUCUCGUAUUAUAAAUUUAAGUAGUUACUUAAUCUUAUGGUUCUUAGUUCUUUAUCUAUAAAUGCAACUUUCCAAGUACCACAAUAACAAUGUACAGUGACAUAGUGCAAUCGUAUUGUAUUUCCAAAUGUUUUGGUCUAUUAUAGUGUUUCAAGAAGUUGUUUAAAGAUUUUAAGAAAUGUAAGUUAUGAGGGUGCCACCUGUUUAACACUGUCAAAUCUAGAAUGAAAUAGGCCUUCGUGUUUGGGCAAGUAUACUGUAAAAUAAACGAAAAUAUUUAUAUUA